AUGAACAGCACCGACUGGCCUUCGGACCUGACGGACGUCACCAGGCGACAGGCCUUCAACAGCACCUUUGGGCCGACGGCCGUCCCGGACGGCUGGGCCUUGAUUCACGUGGCCACGCUGACCUCCUGCUCCCUGCUCCUCGUCCUCAUCUUCGGCCUCGGCUCUUACGGGAACCUGGUCGUGUUCCUGUCGUUCUUCGAUCCGGCCCUGCGCAAGUUCCGCACCAACUUCGACUUCAUGAUCCUCAACCUUUCCUUCUGUGACCUGUUCAUCUGCUGCAUCACCGCACCCAUGUUCGCCCUCAUCCUGUUCCUGGACGUCGGAGACAGCGAGGCCGGCGUUUCCAAGGGCUUCUGCUUCGCUUUUCAUCUCACCAGCUCAGGCUUCAUCAUCAUGUCUCUGGAGACGGUAGCAGUCAUCGCUCUACACCGGUUGCGCAUGGUCCUGGGCCAGCAACCCAACCACACGUCCUCUUUCCCCUGCACCCUGGCCCUCACUGCCCUACUUUGGACUUCAAGCUUCACCCUGGCAGUCCUGGUCACCUUGCGAGCCUAUCCCAGAGGUACCGGCCCCUGCCUGCCACACUUUGGUCUGGACGGGAACCGGGCCAAGGUGGUCCUGUACGUGUACCUCGCGGAUUUUGCUUUCUGUGUGGGUGUGGUGUCUAUGUCUUACCUGAUGAUCGCACAGACGCUGCGAAAGAACGCCAUGGUGCGGAAGUGUUCCGUCAUCAUGGUGAACACCACGCGCCCUGCAGCGGCUCCGCCCACUUUUAUUGCCGCCGGGUUUGAGGGUAUACAGUGUGCCGUCCAGAUGCCCUCACUGUACCGGAAUCAGACCUACAACAAGCUUCAACAUGUGCAGACACACCCGUUCAUUAAACGGAGCGGUCAGCCCCUGGUCCCGGGGGCCGCCACGGGCGUGGCCUGCUGCCGGAUGGUCUCCACCGCCAAUUUCUUCACAACCAAGGACUCCAAGGCUGUAGUGACCUGUGUUGUUAUAGUCCUAUCUGUGCUUCUGUGCUGCUUGCCCAUGGGCGUGGCCCUGACGCAGGACGUUCUGUCACCCAAGAACAGUUUCGUCCACUACCAGUUCGAGUUAUGUGGAUUCGCUCUGAUCUUCCUUAAGUCGGGAAUAAACCCGUUCGUGUACUCCCGGAACAGUGCCGGACUGCGCCGCCGCGUGCUCUGCUGCCUCCAGUGGCUGGCACUCGGCUUCCUCUGCUGCAAGCACAAGACCCGCCUGCACGCCAUGGGCAAGGGAAGCCUGGAGGUCAACCGCAACAAGUCCUCUCACCACGAGACCAACUCGGCCUACGUGCUGUCGCCCAAACCGCAGAGGAAGCUGGUGGACCGGGCGUGUGGGCCCAGCCUUUCUCAAGACAGCGGGCCGAGUCCACGCGCCACGGCCAGGCGCAAAUCCCGCCCCCCCAGCACAUCCACACCCAUCAACACCCGCAUAGAGCCCUACUACAGCAUCUACAACAGCAGCCCUUCAGCCGAGGCCAGUUCUCCCAACAGCAUCAAACCAGUACACUCUCAGAACGCUAGCUACGCCAAGUGCUACGUAGCCAUGCACUAUCACAUCCACCAGGAGGCGCUGCAGGACUUCGACAGCACCUCUGCACAUCAGAUCCCCGUACCGUCAGUAUGAGAGCUGGACCGUCGGUGCUGUGGAUCAGUGGACGCGGUUUGGAGAGACGUAAAUCGUUCCUUCAGACGAUGGAAGUCAGAGUUCAAGCGUGUGAUGAAUGAUUCUAUUUUUAUAUCCACAAAACAUUUACAAGUGUGAAAACCAUUUUAUUCUUUAAAUAAACGUGUUUGUGCAACUUUAUAAACUUCGUUUCUACAAAAG